AUUUAUUCAAUUUAAACAUUUGCAUUUUUUUACGUACUCCCCAAUACCUUUUUGCAUAUUGACUUCAUCAGCGUUAUCUAUUUUUGAAGAAUUUCUGGGAGUUUUUGAUAAAUGCAAUUUUCAUGACUGGCACCGCCUUAAAUAAUAAGUUAAAAUCUAACGCCUACCGAACACGCGAAAAACUGAACUUUGAGCGAACAAUAGGUCUUCAUUAAAAGAAAGUUCGCUUACGGAGCAAAACGCAUUGCGAUCCCUCAUCAAAAUGAGACAAAGACCUCUUAAAAAGGAUAUGUCGACUUCCGCUCAGACAGCCAAAAAACAGAGAAGGAAGCACGAGAACGAGUCCCGGUGGACAAAAAGUCGUUUAUUUGUAUUAUUUGUCAUCUUUGCUUUGGUUCCUUUCACGCUGGUCGUGUCACGGGGAUUAUUGCAGCAUCUUGUUUACAAACACAGACUCAAGGUUCCCUUCUUUGUUGACCUCAGCCAACCUGUUGAUUUCUCCUUAAAUCACACAAUUAACAUGUACUUAACAUCAGAGGAAGGAAUUUCUCUUGGUGUGUGGUACACAAUCCCCGAAAGUCAGUGGAGAGAGGCACACCACAAAGAUUUGGCAUGGUACCAAAACCAACUGAGUGAUGGAAAUCCGGUUUUUAUAUAUCUUCAUGGGAACACAGGCACAAGGGCCGCUCCUCAUCGGGUGGGAGUUGCAAAAGUAUUGAGUGCACUUGGUUACCAUGUGUUGGUGCCUGACUACAGAGGUUUUGGAGACUCAAGCGGUGAGCCGACUGAAGCUGGACUCACGAAAGAUGCCCUUAAAGUGUUCAAGUGGGUCAAAGAACGGAGUGGAAGCAGUCUGGUCAUCUUCUGGGGACAUUCCCUUGGCACUGGAGUGAGCACUAACACUGCAGUCAAACUAAUAGAUGAAGGUAUUGUUUUGGAUGGUGUGAUUCUCGAAGGCACCUUUCAUUUUCCUAAAGAGAAACUACCAAGUCAUGUGUUUUCAUGGUAUUAUUGGAAGUUUCCUGGCAUGGGAUACUUUUUUCCAGAGCCGUGGGCCGAAAAUAAAAUUGUCUUUCCCACUGCGGAAAAUUUAAGAAGAAUGAAAAGCUCUUUACUUUUUCUUCAUGCAGAAGAUGAUCCAAUGGUUCUCAUUCAGAGUGCUCAGCAUCUGUACGAGAUAGCAGUGAGUACUCCGAAUGCAGAGCGUGUCAAGUUUGUGUCCUUCGAAGGUUCUUUAGGAUAUCUACACAAUGGAUUAUACAAAGACCCCCGACUGCCAGACAUCAUAAAAAAGUUUGUGUCGUCUUUGUGAAGUUGGAAGAUGCUUCCAGCAGUUGUUCAAUGUGUAUACGAGAGCAUAUAUUAUUCAAAGUAAAUAAUGCCUUGCCUUAUGUUGAUUGCCUUAUAGAUGUAAUGAAUGCAAACAUGUAACUACACAAAUAUUACCCUGUAUUCUGUUUGUAAGUCAUUUAGUAAUGUCUUUAUUAGUUUUGUUGACUUUAUUUGCAUACACUGAGAGCAGAAAAAAACAAGCCCUGUAUGUAUGCACGCCAAUCAAUGUGGCGUACAAAUUUGAUUUACGUAGAUAAAUAAAUAAAUGUUAAAAAUGCUUUA